UGCGAUCGCACGAUCCUACGCAUGAGCAAUCUCCCAACUCAUCUCUGUCGCGGAUCGGUGUCAUCCUUAGGGGAUGGAACUGAUCCCCCAUGUCCCGCCACGUGGAGACCGCUGCGAGUGGAAUCCGCCUAAGCAUAGACACCUGAUUCAAUCGACUUCCCAGCAACUGAGAACCCGACAGAAGCAGGAUUUCAUGACCCACACACGCACGCAACCCACACGCAUACCAUACUCAUCCGUCCACACUUUGCACACCGCAUGCUUUACAAGUAAACUUAAAACUAAGGAAAGUCGUAAGGUGUAUACUAUAAUUUUCCGGAUUAUACUAUAAUUGUGGCUCGACCAUACUAUAAUUCACGGGCUUAGAGUUGGCGACACUGCAGCCAACGCCUCAGUAGUGCUCAGUAGGACUUGAGACUCUUGGAUUGUUCUUUGGAAUAAUUGUAAUCAUGGCCAACUCAACUGCUGCAAUAAUAUCGAAUUACUUGGACACUUAUCAAGGGCGUGAUAAGAUUUUAAGAACCUUGUCGUAUAUGGCAAAGUUGGCAACUGGUAUGACAAGAUCAGAUGAUGCCGCUACGAGAUUUAAGAAAUUUGGAAGUGAACUUAGCGGAUGCAGGGUUAUGUUGAGAUUAUUGGAUGACAUUCCAAAUUUACAUAGCGCCAUUACGUAUGGAUUGGGGGCACAGGAGCCUGACUGGUUAAUCAGAUGUGCCGAAUUAUUACAAAUUACCGUUCACUUAUUCUAUGGUCCGAUUGAACAUAUCUGUUGGGCUGGGGAUCGUAAGAUCGUUGCAAUCGAUACCAAAGCAUGGGAUAGUGCUACGAUUUGGUGUUGGAUCGUUUCAAUUUCUUUAUCCUUAUUCAAAUCUAUUCGGCGGCUUCAGCAACUGAAAAAUAAUAAGACUUGCUUAGACAAAAGCAACUGUGAAUCAAGGAUUGCAUUGAAGACAAUCAGUUCCCAAAGGAAUAGCGAGAUAUUGACAAGUAUAAGACUAAUAUUAGAUGUAAGCUAUGCCGUGAGUUACCUACCUCCAGGAAUAUUAUGGGGUGGUCGACUGACCACGUGGCAAGUGGGAGCUCUCGGAACGGUAUCUUCUUUAAUUGGACUCUAUCAGUCGAUACAUAAAGAAGUGGCACAUCAAAAACACAAAUGAUAGGUGAUUGUUGCCUUUCGAUUAACUGUCAGAGUAUUUUUUCCUUUUUUUACUAUAAUGAUCUAAUAGUACAAUGAUAAUAAUCUUUUAUAUAUAUAUAUAUCGCGAUGCUAUAAAUCAUUACUAACAUGAAAUGUUUCAUCUUUAAUUGUCUACUUCUUGAAUUGACUACUUACAGAUUUAUUAUAAUAAUGACGGUAAUUUUAAAGACUCACUGUUACCAUUUUGCACGUGUAUCAAAAUAUCUUAGAACAUGAAUAAAGAAAAGAUAUAUAUUUUAA